CCCGCGCCCCGAGAGCGCAGUGUCACGUCGAACCUCUCGCAGAGCGCGUCGCACGUCCGAGUACCGGCCGCCGCCCGUCAUCAGUAGUCGCCGUACCGCGCAGCCACGUAACCUCUCACCUUCUCCUUAGUUUUUAGUAGUCAGUAGUAGGGGAGAGUGUGGAGAGAAAGAGGAGAGAGAGAAAGAGCGCGAGAGAAAGGGAGAGAAAGUGAAAGAAGAAAAAAACGGGAAGAAGAACGCGAAAUAGCGAGAAGCCGACUGUGAGAAAAACCGAGAAACGAGAGGUCGACAGCCCGUUUUUUCGUCGUCGUGAUCUGUACUCCUCGUUGCCGUCGUUAUCGUCUCCGUUUUCGACACAGUCUUCGCCGUCGUCGUCAUCGUCAUCUUCCUUGUCUACGUCCACGUCGUCGUUGUCGUUGUCGUUGUCUCCGCUACCGCUGCCGCUGUCGUCAUCCUCGUUGUCGUGGUCGUCGCCGUCGUCGUGAUCCGGCUCGACGCGACCAACGCGGAUAUACAACACUCCCUCGACUCAUUGUUCACAAUCGAAAGAAAGAAAGGACGAAACAAUAAAAAGAAAAAGAAAUACAAUAGCAAAGCAAAGUGCGAUUCGUGAAACGUACCGCGCGUACGUUUCGUUCCACGUUCCACCGUCCUACCGUCGAUAAUUUAUCGCGAUAAAGCAACAUAAAACCGUCGCGCAGCCUCCGAAAACGACGGAGCACCGCGCAUUCGGUCUACCAGGAAAACAGAGAGAGACAGGUGAACAACAUAGAGGCGAAGGAGAGAGCGCGAAGAUUAAAGAGACGCGAGUAGACGUAACAAUCGAGGGACGAGGAUCAACGAGAGAGUAAUAGAAGUCGCGUGAAAGUGCGUGUCGUGCCGUGACAUCGGAAGCGUUGACACGCGAAGGAUCGAGUCGAGUCGGUGUUUUGCCAUCGACAAGGCAAACACGCACGGCGCAUCGUUCAGCUGACGACGUGGUGUGUCAAAGUCGGAAGAACGAGAAGCGAGCGAGAGGCGGCUAUCGGCGAGACCGGCUGCCAUUGCCACUGGUACUAGUGUUACCAUAGCCACUGCAACCCCGGACACGCGAGAGCGUUGUCAUAACGACAAGCCGUGCGCCGCGCGUCGCUAUGGAGCCCCAGAACCAGGAAAUCGUUGCGAGCGGCUCGCCAGCCGAGGUGCCCAACGAUCCAGGGAAAAUGUUCAUCGGUGGUCUAUCUUGGCAGACCAGUCCAGAAAGCCUUAGAGAGUACUUCACCAAGUAUGGGGACAUCACAGAAGUCAUGGUCAUGAAAGAUCCCACCACACGACGAUCAAGAGGCUUUGGAUUCAUCACGUUCGCAGAUCCCGCGAGUGUAGAUAAAGUGCUGGCACAGGGUAAUCACGAGUUAGACGGCAAGAAAAUCGAUCCGAAGGUAGCGUUUCCCAGGAGAACACAUCCAAAGAUGGUGACAAGGACAAAGAAGAUAUUCGUCGGUGGACUAUCGGCACCGACGACGCUGGAGGACGUGAAAAACUACUUCGAACAGUUCGGCCCGAUCGAGGAUGCCAUGCUGAUGUUCGACAAGCAGACCAACAGGCACAGAGGCUUUGGGUUCGUCACGUUUCAAAGCGAGGACGUGGUCGACAAAGUCUGUGAGAUCCAUUUCCACGAAAUCAACAACAAAAUGGUCGAAUGCAAGAAAGCACAGCCGAAGGAAGUGAUGCUCCCAGCGAACCUGGCGAAGACGCGAGCGGCCAACAGAGGCGCAUACGAUUUUAUGUGGUCCCUGGGAGCAUUACCUGAUGGUUUCCCAGCGGCGGCGUACGCGGCAUACGCGGCAAGCCGCGGCUAUUCUGGGUACCCUAGUUUCGGACUGCCCUACCCGACAGACGCAUGGCUGGCAAACUCUGUGGUCCUUCGUCAAGCAAAGCGUCGUCUGCCUCUACCCCCAUUCCAUUAGGUAUUGCUAAAAACACAAGAUAUAUCGAAAAGAGAAAACAGUCACGCGCGCGCAACACCAUCCAUACAUACACACAUGACACCUAUCGACAUAUUAUCAUCUACAUGCAAAACAAAAACACAUACACACAUCUUAUACAAAGAAAACACUGAAAAUGUGCGCGAGCAUGCUGGCUCACUGCACACAUAUGUACACAUAUAUGAGAAAUUAGCUGCGAUACAAGGAAAGAGAUUAGUUGCGUAAGCGCAGCGCUGCUUUCCGCAAAAAAUAAUUUGACGUUCGAAAAGACAGGAACGAAGGAAAAGUCCCUGCGAGGGAUGAAACGGGUAAAACACGUAAACACCGAACCGAGAAAGGGAAAAGAGAGAAAUCGAUGCACGCGAGAGACGGGGCCGAGUAUUUAUCCGGUUUACCCGAAUAUCAAGGCCCUCCUCAGCUCUCCUCUGACGUUCUCUCUUUUUUCUGCUCCUUCAUUUCAUCAACUAAAACUAUUACUACAACUUCUUCUUCUUCUUCUCUUUACUGGUAGAACCGUAGGUAGUUAAUGUAUAUCUUCUCUUAUACCGUCACACUUUGAAAGGAAAUCAUAUAACAAGGAAACAGAAAAGAGUACAGAGAUGAACGCACGGUCCGAAUCUAGGAUGCCCAAAGGCGAGGCUGUUGCGCGUUCGUACGCUUGGCGUACGUGAGGAAAUACCUAGUUCGUUUUUUUAAUUGAACGUUCGUUCGAUAUCCACGUUUUCAGUUUUGGCGGAAGAUCUCCAGCUUCUCCAAUUUUUCCAAGGUAUUUCGAAACGAACUGUGAAAUAGUUUGCUUCGAGAACAUUUAGCAGUAAAUACAAGUUUAGCUCGUUUUAUAGAUACAUAUGUAUAUUUGGAAAAUUCUGAAUUUUAGAUUUAAUUUAAAACGCUAAAAUUUGACAAGAGUGUCGAAGUUAUUUUCUAUCGAAAAACGUCAACGUAUGAUGAUUUGCGACAGUCUCACCAGCCAGUCAAUAUAAUAGCCGAGUAUGUAGCCCCGUGGAGAUAAGCAGCGAUCUAGCGUAAAAGAAAAAUCAAGAUCGAAGUCAAGAUCAUUCUUGCCCCUUCUUUAUUGUGCAUGCGUAUGUGUGGGGGAGGGAAGGUUGUGACAAAGUGAGAAAUGAAUCCGUUCGAAGACGUACAACGCAAGUAGAUAGUUACAAGCUUCGGGGUAGACACAGGUGCAAGAAGAAAGUAUAAUGAUAAAUUGAUUUAUCGCAAAGAGAAUUGUGCGUAGGUCGAUGUUUAAAUAUUCCGAUAUCCUUUACAUCUCUCUGUCUCUUUUCCUAGGUUCCUGGAUCGAUAUUUCAUUCCUUCAAGCCUAAAUCGUCCAGUUCUUCCUCUCCAUCGACGCAUCCAAGUCCUUGUCACCACGAUUCCUGUCAGUCUGAAAAGAAGUUUAACGUGUUUCUCUCUUGUAGUCGUUUGAUCUUUGUAGUGGUUGAAAUGUAGUCACAUUCUAUGUAAUCUCUAAGCUAAACAGUUUUAAUCGAAAACACUUAGCGUAGGUCAUAUAGACAUAAAACGAUAUAGGCGUUUCCGGGUGUUCAAGCUGAAGCAUCCUGUCGGUAUUCUAUGUAUGAGAACGGCUUAAUAGAUCGUUUAUGAGAAUGUUUAGAGAAAUCGAGUUUCCUGCAAUCACAAUUAUCACUUGAAACAAUAAUUUUUUUUGAUAUGAUUUGUGAUGUAUUGUUUGAACCUUGAGAAACAAUUGUCACAACAUUCACAUAUCACAUUUGUUGAGGAAGUAAUUAAUUGGAAAGGCCAAGAAUAUUUUCGAAUAUUUCAAUGACUGAGACCUUUCGAUUCCUUUUAAAUUUAAAUGAAUACAUACCGUGGCUUGGAAGUUUUGAAAUAACCAUCGAACCGAACUGUUUCUACGAACUCAGGAGUAAUUUAUUUCAAAAAUACAUUUCGUGCUUUCAAACACGGUCAAACAGAUUGAAUUUAAAACAUUAAUAAAGGCACGCCACGCACGCAAACGCCUGCACAGCCGCUUUUCAUUGGAAAUUCUUGAUCCGAUGGUAUUCUACGAUUUAUUUCGGUUAAUGUUGUUUUACGACUAGAUGCAAAUGUAGAAGCGAAAAUCGCGUUAUAAAAGCGGGAUCUAGCGGACGACACAGAAUCGACAGGAUGCUGAAGUUGCGAUACUGCUAUCUCUUAUCCAGAGCAAAUUACGUAUUGCUAAACGUAGAGAGUAAGGCAUCCGCUAAAAGUUAGGCGAAAGUAAAGAAAACAUAAGAAAGAGAGUACCGACCCUCGUAGAAGAGAUUACCGCACCGAAGCAAACCGCCCAAAAGACAGUUAACGAGAAAAUUAUGCUUUUUGUAUCGUUCUUCUGUUUAUCUUCGACGCCUGUUCGAUGUCCUCGAUCUUCACCCUCCGCCACCUUUCCGUCGAAUAUUGCUAAUGGAACGUGAAAGCAAGGACGACAUCGGGAAAAAGGCGUUAAGUCCUCUGAUUAAUUAUUAGAACAUAAACGACCAGCAAAAGUUUCGUAAUCGGUUUGUAACUAAAUAAGACAUUGAACUAGUAUAGUAACAUGAAAAUGAAAAUUUGGGGAAUGUCAUAAGAGGAAACAUCUUCUUCAAAUCAAAUCAAGAGGAAUCUUCUUCAAAUGGUUAAAUAAGAGAGACAUCGCGCAUGUCAGUAAUUACGGCUUAAUUUCAAUUAAUCCGAUAAAUAAAGCAGUUUAAUUCUUCCGUAGCAUCUAUUGUCGCGCUUGUCGACUAAUUAUACGUAUAGCCUUCGGCGACUGAUUUCGAAAACAAUCGUGACCCAACCAAUCCCUUAAUGAGACUAUUGAUAUCCUAUUAAUGUCAACAAAAUAGCACGCAUCGACUCCUGUCUCCCGUGACCUGUGUGUGAUGUAUAUACAAUUCACAGCCGGUGAUCCGGAUUCACGAUGGUAAUUAAUUACGACGAAAGACUCAUUCAUUUUACAACAUGUUGUCGUGAACCCUUUCUCGAGCCCUUGCUUUCUCGAUCGUCCAGUUUCGACGUCCCUUGACGAUAUUUUAUCCCUGAAUCCGACCCAUCUCCCGUUGUGCAACAUAGUAUACGUUCCGCGAAAGCUGUGAUUCGUGAUUUCGAUUCUAUUGUGUUUUUGUUUCGAGUCGUCGUUAAUGAAUGAAAAAACGAGUAACAGAACAAGAGAAAAAAGAUAACGUAAGAAAAAGCUGGGAUAAAAGACUAAGAUCGAACGAUCCUGCGGAUUGCGAGCCACGAUACCGACGUUCACGGCGUGAAUCGCGUGCAUACCCGAUGUAUAGGAGUUUGCGUGCACGAAAAGCAAAAGAUGACGAGGACCGAGCUGUCCGUCCUUGGUCUCUCGUACCGUUAAUACAGUAUUAAGAGGAAGCGAGGAAUCACGAGGAAAGCAAAUCAGGUUUUAAAACGCUCGCUUGCAUGAGUUUAUAGUUUCUUAAUAGAGCCAGCGACACGAACUCGUACAAGAAAGCAUCGGAAGAAGAGAUGGGAAUAAAAAGUUUACGGAAUGAUUGGAAAGAAAGAAAACUAGUGGAUAUUGAGGACUUUGCAAGAAACCGACGAGAGAGACAAUUCAGUCGCUGGCGUUAAUUAAGCUGAUGCCAAAGAGAAGAUACAUCUGUCCUGAGCUUAUAUAUAUGUUAACGACACGAUGCUUAAACAAUAUUAUUGAUACUUUUAUGCGUGGCUAUAGUUCGCUCGCGUUAACAUCACCGUCCUCUGUAACAAAAAAAAAAAAGAGAAAAGGAGAAAAGAAAGAGAAAGAAACAAAUAAGAAAUAUGAAAGAAGAAAUAAAUAAAAUUGUUUGUCAUUGCGAUUAUUGUGCGAAAAAUUUCGAUUCUACAUUGCUUACUUUUAUGUUUAUAUUUUCGAUGGAUUUUUAUCGUUUAUCGCUUAUCACCUGAAACGAAGAAAGAGAAAGGUUUUAAAAAAAAUUGUUAGUUAAAUUUCCGCGACAUGUAUACGUCGAUAUAAAAAAGAGAAAAAAGAACGACGUGGUUAACGUUAUCGAGCUAUGGUCCGAUUGUUGCUAUUCGUAAGAAUUGUUAUAUCGCUGUGAUCGCGCGUGGGUUUCUAUAAUACGUUGCCCGAUCCAGAAUCCGAUCGAUCGACCGCCUUUUGCACUCUCACCGAAUUAUUUGCGUCGACGACGAGUAAACGAAGUGCUAAAAGGCACCAGCAUCCGUAAGAAUACUUGAAGACACGCGUCGUUCUCGUCACUCGUAAUAAGUUAGAAAAUUGGGGAAACGUUCAAAACAUUAUACCGUCCAUGAUGAUGAUGAUGAUGAUGAUGAUGAUAUUAAAAUGUUUAAAUAUGGAUAAUCGCUAAAUAUUAACGAUCGAAAUAAGGCGUUUUGUGCAGUCGGUUUUUUCGAUUUUUGCCCCCUUAAUCUUUCUAUCACGUCGAAUCAUUGUCUGAACGCGGAGAUUUCGAUAAUACGAAGAUCUGAGUGUCAUAUAGGAAGGAGAUGAAAAUUUUAUACUAAUUUACUCUCUCGACAUAUAAAUCUUUUCGAUCGUCGAUCGGAUAAUAUUUAUCGUCGUUUACAUUUUUCAAAUGUACAUAAAAUAUAUUUUAAUGAUCGUUAUGGACUAACUUUAACGGACUUUAUUAUUAAUCUCGGACUCGACCGUAUGCAUUUUUAUUAUUGCGAAAGGAUAUUGCGUUUUUUAAAAGUUUAUUUUCUAUCAUUGCCGCUCUGAUACACGUGUUGUUUAAACGGAAAUUAUCUCAGGAAGUCACUUCAAGUUUUCUUACCCAUGCUUACAGAUGACGUUCGACUCAUUGGCCGAUGAGAAUUGUAUAUUAUACAUACGCGUAUAUAUAUAUCUUUCUUGAUGUAAAUUUAAAGGGGAAAAAAAAGAGAUAAAACGAAACGCUUCUUCUUUGAAACUCUAUGCUCUAACGACGAUGCGCCUUGCAAACGAUGCUUGUAAAGGAAUAACCGAAUUUCCGAGACCAUCCAGCGAGGUUCGGGCAAUUUAUUAAAAAACGCCAACGAUAAGACGAGAAAACAAAUUGAUAAGUGGAAAUCUGCAGUCACGAGAGUUUUGUAAACAUUUCAAUGGGUACUCGGUAAAAUGAACAAAAAAAACGUAAGAAACAAAAUAUAUAAAAAAAAAAACAAUAAGAUGAAAAGAAACGUAACACCUAAUGUCUAUCAGAGAUAUCGCUCUGAAGUAAAAUGAGAGAACAGGUUUAUUUACACGUGCGUACAUAUUAACGACACAAUGUAAUAAUUCGCUGAAGCUCUAUUAUUAUAAUGAUUAAGGAUUAUAAAUAAUGAAUGUCUGUAAUAAAUAAAAUCUACCACGCAAACGGA